AUGGAUUGUGACCGUGAGCUCGAUCCUUUCUCCAGCGAGAGUCUCUGGAGACUUUCAAGGUUCAGCUUAGAGGCUCUGCAACCAUUGGAGACUCUACCGUGGAACACGGAAUUGCCUGAUGUUUCGAGCUCCCUCAUUCACCAAUCCGCUGGUACAAUCGACAAGACUGAUGCGAUAUGGAAACUGAACUUGUUUGCAACCGACCUCGAACUGCCCGCGUCGGCUCCUGAUUCAAUUGUCGACCCCUCGAUAGACACCGAGUCCGAUGCGCCGAGUGAACCAUUGCCAGAGCUCGAAGGAUUUGACAUAUGGGCGCCCAAUCUUCUGCAGGAGGAACCCGGCCAUGUUGCUCCACUCAGAUCGUGGGAGAGAUACCUCAACCGGUCGUUUCAAGAACCAGUGUCGGCAUAUUUCAGUGAAUCGGGUGCCAAAGGCUUCGACGCUGCGCUUGCGCGGCAAAGCACCAAAGACCGUGAUAUUUCUGGCCGCCUGGUUCGAAACGACGUCUUCAUCCGAUCACUGUUGCGCCUUGGACUUGGAUGGAGCUCGGCAUUCUUCCGCUUCAACCACAAGAAGAUGGCAUUCGAGCGAUACAUGAAGGAUAUUCGUGUCUCCGGUGUCAGUUUGAAAGUUUUGGACGCUGCGAUUACACAGGUACUGCAAUGCGGCACCAAUAUGCAACGCAUACGAACGUUUGUUAGGACUCCGGCGGCCAAAUCCGAGGACUUGUCAGCUAUAUUCACUUUGCGUGGUACCGUCGCCGUGAUCAUCUACAAUCUCGAGGAACAAAUUCUCGCUCAUUCUAAACAUGUCGUCUCGCUUCUUCAGGUCACGACGUUGUUUAGUCGAUGCGGUGACUUAAUAGGCGCCCUGGCUGAGUUUGUUGAUGCAGUCGAGAAAGCUGUCACAGACGCUCAAGUGAUCUCGGGCGCUAUUCAGUGGGCCACCAUCUUCGCUCAGAAAUUUGGCUGGAUGGAAAAUCUUGUACAUGAAGUCGUUGUUCGAGUAACAGCGCCGUGGUUUGGUUUUAUCGAGGGUUGGAUCGGCCUUCGCCCCGAAGAAUCAACACUGAAUGAGCUGUUGGCUAGUGGUCGGACCUUCGUUAAAGAAGAGCAUCACGAAGACCCCGGCAGACUCAAGGCGAGGGCCUCGCGAAUCGAUUACACUUACCUUGGGUCCCACAUGCCAUCAUUCAUACCAGCAGACCAAGCGCAGUCGAUAUUCGAGAGUGGCAGAAGUCUGCGUCUCCUCAAGAGGUCCCACCCACAACACCCCAUUGCCCGACAUGAUGUUCUCGCCCGGACAGGUCGUCUCCACCUUCACUAUGCGACCACCUGGGCAGAUAUCGAGGUCAUCCAAAAACGAGCACAUGAAUACGAAGCCAGACUCCGUGCCGAGAUUCUAAAGUAUCAUGAAGGGGGUGCGGCUGCGCAGCUUAAGAUUGUUGAUUCCUUCUGCAGGGACGCUGGCGAAUCGAAUACAAAUGACAUUGUGAAGGAAACCUUUGAGCUAUUUGACAUUGAUGAUGAGAGACAUGUCUCCGGAUCUAUUAUGGAUGAAAAGGCCCUUUCCAAUGACAAAGUCAGCCAGAUGCUUCAAAAGGCCAGAGACCCCGGUCCCGACUCCAUUUCCUUCGGCAAUCGUUUCGGGCCGGAAUUGGCAUCAAGCCUCUAUCUCUCUCUUGCUCCGAUUAUUUCAUCUCAGGCUCAACUCAUUGACUUCUCAUGCCUCCACCAUCUUUUCAAAGAGCAUGACGUUCGGCACCAUUUGAGCCUUCAAUGGCGAUUCCAGCUAUUGGGGGAUGGAUCAUUUGCAUCACGCCUCUCGAAUUCUCUGUUCGACCCCGAAAUGGACAGCGGCGAACGCAAGGCUGGUAAAGUACGCGGCGGUGUGCACACUGGCUUGCGUCUAGGCAGUCGCGACACAUGGCCACCAGCGAGCUCAGAACUGCGGCUAGUUCUGAUCGGAAUCCUUGGAGACUGCUAUUUCUCCGACACGGAACCCGAACAGACCGAAAAGGCACAGAACGAGAAAGAGAACGAGCUCCCAGGUGGACUCAACUUUUCAAUUCGAGAAUUGACAGAUGAGGAGAUCGAGCGAUGCAAAGAUCCCAAUGCCAUAGAGGCACUCGAUUUUCUCCGUCUACAGUACAAACCCCCAGAGGCCCUCGAGGCACUCAUAACAGCUCGGUCUCUGAAAAAAUACGACCGUCUUUUCAAGCAGCUGCUCCGCCUCCUUCGCAUGGUGUCGGUUGUCAAAGGACUCGUUCGUGACUCUACUUCUCGAGAAUCCCUUUCCGGGGAUGUACGUAAUGUGUUCCAGAAGUUCCGGAUUGACGCACAGCACUUCGUUCUUGCGGUCAGCGAUUACUGCUUCCACAUCGGUAUUGGGUCUAUCUGGAGCCUCUUCCAAGGAACACUUACAAGAAUCGAACGCUGUCUUGAUCGUGGCGACAUCGAUGGCACAAUCGAAACCGCUCAUUCCGUACCUCGCCUGCGAGAUUUCCAUGAGGACAUCCUCGAUCAAAUGUUGUUUGCUUUUCUUCUUAGCAAACGGCACGCGCAUGCUGCAAAGUUGCUGGACAACAUCUUCAGUGUCAUUCUCGCAUUUAGCCCAUUAUCCAAGGCGGAAGGGAUGAAUGGCCUCCGCCACGAAAACGAAGGCGCUGCUCUUCAUUUGUAUUCCACUUUUCGGAAGCAGACCUCGGCCUUUGUGAGCUAUUUACGCAGCUUGGACCCUGGGAAAUCCUCUGCCAAGUCCAUGGCAAAGUCCGGAGCGGCAUUCUCCUUACAGAACGAGCCGACCAGUAUUUUUGAGCAUCUUCGAGUGCGCUUGGACGUGAGGGAUUACUAUUAA